UCCGCCGGUCUGCGCGGCCGGGCCGAGCCUCCCCGCGCAACUUGGGCGGGCGGCCGGACCCCUGCGGACCCGUGCGGGGCCGCCACCGCCGUCCCUGCCUCCCGCCGGCUGCGCAAGCCAAUGGGCAACAAAACCCAACAGAAAUAAAACAAACUCAGGCUUACCUAAAAGUUAGGAACCCCCCCUUAUUUUUUUUUCCUUUUUUUUUUUUUUUUCUCCCGCUCCUCCUUCCCCUUUCUCUUUCGGCCUCGCUCCCUAUGCGGGAGCCGCCUGCGGCCGCUGCCGGGCAGGAGCCGCCGCGCUGGGGAGCGAGCAGCCCGUGCGGCGGGGCAGCCUCCGCAGCAGCCCGGCUGGAGGGACGGCCUCGGCGCGCACGGCACUGAAGAUAGAGCGCCUGGUGUUAAUGAGAGAGGGAGAGCGAUGGGGAAAAGGAGGAAAAAAAAAAAAACCAUAUGGAGCAUUUUAUUGAUGUGAUCAUAAUCCUGUAAUGGAGAUUGCAUUAAAUGAGGAUUGCAUCAAAAUGCCUAGCUGCUGUGGGGAGAUGGGAGAGCAGAAACUAUGCUGGAUUGUAAAUGAAGUUCUCUGAUUGAAGGAUUUCCUUAAACCAUGGAGAGGUAUCUGUAAGCUUAAAGUUGCUGUAUAUGUGGAGUACUGGAAUGGGAUAAAAUACAGAUCAAGCUGAAAUAUUUUAAUUUACUCGAGCUCCGGAUGCAGUUAGAAUCGGUUAGAGAGGCACUGCAGUGAUGUCCAAUGAAUACUUGGUUUCAGCUAUGGAGACCACAGAAAGGCAAGGAUAAAAUAUUAUUUAGCAUUUGGGGAAGGAUGCUUCAUUUAUGACUUUUGACAUAAUGGCACAAAGCCUACAGCCUGCUGGUUAUGAGCAGAAACCUUGUAGGCGAUCUGGAAAGCAGAGGAUUUAUCUCAUUUUCCUUUUGCAACCUUGACAUAGUUGCCUUUAAGAAGUAGCUCCGAGUUAUCUGACAGGAGGCAAACGGGGACUUAUUUGCCCCUUCGGAUAUUAAAAGAAACUGUAAGCUUGAGAGAGAGGGACUCGACUCGUCUGAUCUUGUCUUUCUGAGCUUGAGUUGAUAAUGCAUUUUGAGUAAUUGUUGCUGCUUAUCUCAAUUGGCAAAGGAGGGGAGAAGAUGUUCAAGUUUACUGAACCAAAGCAGAGCUGAGGACAGUAGAUAAUAUCAACUUACCCUUGCCUUCUUUUUUUGCUGAAUUUUAUUCUGACAUAGAAAACUGAGCCACAAAGAGCACCUUCUUCAAGCCUUAUUGAAAGGAAACCAAGGAAACCCAAAGAGAACAGAAAGAUUAAGCCAAAGAUAAAUUUUGACUUUUCUCUUGUCAGCGGUGGAAGUAGCGUUGAUCUGUCAGGUUGCAUAGGUCAAAGGAGCUACUCUUGGUGUUCUCCACAAAUAUUCAUUAGUCAUUCUGGAAAUGGACUUGCUGUCUGGAACCUACCUCUUGGCAGUCUUAUUAGCCUGUAUUGUAUUUCAAUCUGGCGCACAGGAGAAGAAUUAUACAGUGCGGGAAGAACUGCCUGAAAAUGUCCUCAUUGGCAACUUGCUCAAGGAUCUUAACUUAACGCUGGACCCAGAUGUCCCCCUUUCCUCACCGUUACAGUUCAAGCUUGUGUAUAAGACUGGGGAUGUACCGUUAGUACGGGUGGAGGAGAACACUGGUGAGAUAUUCACAACUGCCAACCGCAUAGACCGAGAGAAGCUGUGCUCUGGCAUCUUUAGUGAGAAUCGCUGCUUCUAUGAGGUGGAGGUUGCUGUUUUGCCUGAUGAAGUUUUCAGACUGGUCAAGAUCAGAUUUCUAAUAGAGGAUAUAAAUGACAAUGCCCCACUCUUUCCAUCAACAGUUAUUAACAUCUCUAUACCUGAAAACACAGCAAUUAAUUCUCGCUAUUCUGUUCCAUCUGCCAUUGAUCCCGACAUCGGUGUGAAUGGUAUUCAACAUUAUGAACUUCUUAAGCCCAAAACAGCUCCGAAAAGGACAUUUGGAUCCAUUACGAAUGACCAGGGUCAAAAUGUGUUUGGUCUUGAUAUAAUUGAGACACCUGAGGGAGAUAAGUGGCCUCAACUGAUUGUCCAGCAGAUCCUGGAUAGGGAGCAGAAGGAUACCUAUGUGAUGAAGAUUAAAGUUGAAGAUGGUGGAAGCCCUCCAAGAUCUAGCACCGCCAUCCUGCAAGUCACAGUGACUGAUGUGAAUGAUAAUCGCCCAGUCUUCAAAGAAAAUGACAUUGAAGUUAGUAUUCCAGAAAAUGCUCCAGUAGGCACCUCUGUUUCUCAGCUCCAUGCCACUGAUGCAGACCUGGGCUCAAAUGCACAAAUCCACUUCUAUUUCAGCAAUCAGAUCUCCAGUUUGGCCAAAAGGCUGUUUGCCAUUGAUAAUGCCACUGGUCUUAUCACCAUAAGAGAACCGCUAGACAGAGAGGAAUCUCCUGUACACAAAUUAACUGUUUUGGCAAGUGAUGGCAGUUCAACUCCAUCAAGAGCAACAGUGACUGUUAAUGUCACAGAUAUUAAUGACAAUGUCCCAUCAAUAGACACAAGAUACAUCAUCAAUCCAGUGAAUGGGACGGUGCUUUUGUCUGAGAAAGCUCCACUUAAUACAAAAAUUGCAUUGAUAACAGUAAUGGACAAGGAUGCUGAUCUGAAUGGAAAGGUUACUUGUUUUACAGAUCAUGAUGUCCCUUUUAGGCUGAAGCCAGUGUUUGAUAAUCAGUUUCUCCUGGAAACAGCCACAUUUCUAGAUUAUGAAGCAACACGGGAAUAUGCUAUUAAAAUAGUGGCUUCAGAUUCAGGGAAACCUCCCUUAAACCAGUCUGCAAUGCUCCUGAUCAAAAUUAAAGAUGAAAAUGACAAUGCCCCAGUUUUUACACAGCCUAUUAUAGGUCUUUCCAUCCCUGAAAACAAUGCUCCAGGUACUCAGCUAACCAAGAUAAGUGCUACAGAUGCCGACAGUGGGCGCAAUGCUGAGAUCAGCUAUAUUCUGGGUUCUGAUGCACCCCCCAUUUUCAACCUUGACCGCCGUACAGGCAUUCUGACAGCAGUCAGGAAGUUGGACAGAGAAAAGCAAGACAGAUACUCCUUCACUGUACUGGCUAAGGAUAAUGGGAUGCCACCCUUGCAGACCAAUGCUACUGUGACAGUGUCGGUCCUGGACCAGAAUGAUAACAGCCCUGCUUUCACACAUAAUGAAUAUAAUUUCUAUGUGCCAGAAAACUUACCCAUGUAUGGCACAGUAGGGCUUAUCACAGUAACAGAUGCUGACGCUGGAGAAAAUGCUGCGGUCACUCUCUCUAUAUUAAAUGGUAGAGAUAAUUUCAUUAUAGAUCCACUUACUGGUGUAAUAAGGCCUAACAUUACCUUUGAUAGGGAACAGCAGGGGUCAUAUACUUUUCAGGUGAAAGCUGUGGAUGGAGGAAGACAGCAGCGUUCCUCAACUGCCAAAGUGACCAUCAAUGUUGUUGAUGUAAAUGACAACAGGCCUGUUUUUGUUAUUCCUUCAUCUAAUUAUUCAUAUGAGUUGGUUCCAACAUCAUCCAGUCCAGGGUCUGUAGUUACUAAAGUCUUUGCAGUUGACAAUGACACAGGCAUGAAUGCAGAGCUCCGUUACAGCAUCAUAGGUGGGAACUCAAGGGGCUUGUUUACAAUUGACCAAUUAACAGGCAAUAUUACUUUGAAAGAGAAGGUAAUUACAUCAGAUCAUGGCUUGCACAGACUGGUGAUAAAAGUCAAUGACCUAGGACAGCCGGAGUCUCUUUAUACUAUAGCUCUUGUGCAUUUGUUUGUGAAUGAGACAGUCACCAAUAGUUCCUAUGUACAAGAGCUAGUGCGCAGGAAUAUGGAAACUCCAGUUGGCCAGAACAUUGGGGAUGGUGAGAUAACCCCACAAACCAAUGAUUAUGUCAAGAUCAUAAUAGCGAUUAUUGCAGGAACAAUGACAGUUAUUCUGGUAAUUUUUGUUACUGCUUUAGUACGGUGCCGCCAGACGCCCAGGCACAAAGUUGUCCAAAAAAACAAGCAGAGUGGUGAAUGGGUUUCCCCAAACCAAGAGAAUAGGCAGAUCAAGAAGAAGAAGAAGAAGAAGAAACGCUCUCCAAAAAGUCUCCUCCUCAACUUUGUGACUAUUGAAGAAUCUAAGCCUGAUGAUCCUGGCCAUGAGCACAUAAAUGGCACUUUAGACAUUCCUGUAGAGCUAGAAGAACAGACUAUGGGAAAAUAUAACUGGGCCACCACACCAACCACAUUUAAACCUGAUAGCCCAGAUUUGGCAAAGCACUACAAGUCUGCUUCUCCACAGCCUACCUUUCAAAUUAAACCUGAGACUCCUGUACCCCCCAAGAAGCACCAUGUCAUUCAGGAACUGCCUCUAGAUAACACCUUUGUGGUGGGCUGUGACUCACUCUCCAAGUGCUCAUCAAGCAGCUCGGACCCUUACAGUGUUUCCGAAUGCAGCUGUCAAGGAGGCUUCAAGACCCCAGGCCCCAUUCACACCAGACAGCACACAAAAGAAAUGGGAAGACCACAAACUCCUUUAAAAGAAGCAACACUGGAGCCUUGGACUCAGCCACAGCCUCAGCGCCGUGUCACAUUUCACCUACCAGAUGGCUCCCAGGAAAGCUGCAGUGACAGUGGGCUUGGAGACCACGAACCCACCAGCGGUGCCAGUACAUCGCACCCUCUGCCCCUUGGCUUUCCCCAGGAGGAGUACUAUGAGCAAGCAUCGCCCAACAGCCGGACAGAAGGAGAUGGCAACUCAGACCCCGAGUCCACUAUCGAAGUAAAUCUCCAGAAAGCCCUGGCUGAAGCCUCUGAAACCUGCACCCAGGAGUGUCUCAUCCUAGGCCAUUCAGACAACUGCUGGAUGCCACCUUCUUUGACACAGUAUCAACAGUCCAACACCCCUUUGCCAUCAUUUGGCUUCCAGCAGGGCUGGGGCCGAGGAGCCAGGCCUGACAGAUGCCACACUCUUGGGAGGUCCCUUCCAAAGGAUGACACUGACAAAGUCCAAGGUGGGCUCAGGCCCCAGUUCUACAACACCUGUGAAAGACACUGCACCAGUGAAGAUCCUGUCAAAGUCAUCCCUCUGGCAAACUUUGCUGUAUCCCACCAGACACCAGUGUCUGGGAGCAGCACUACGUUUAUCCACGAGCACCAGCUAUAAAUGCAUAUCUGACAAAUUCGCUAUUUCAGGCUUUAAGUGUAACUUAAGCCUAACUCUGUUCUUAGUGCACAUACAAACUUGUUAGGCUUGUGAAUAUUUAUGUAUAUAGAAUCCUAAAUUUGAAUUUGAAUUUGAAAAGCUAAAUCCUUAGCACUUAGUUAAAAUUGACCAUAGUUCUUGGCAAAAUAUAUAAAAUGGGGAAGAAAACCCACAACCCAGAACCUAUCAAAAGAAAACACAAAAUCCCACUGAUUUUCUUAUAUGGGUCAUAUAGCACAAAUACCUGCUAGCAGUUCUUCCUCUCUGUUGAAAGCAAUUUCUUAGUACAGUUUAGGGAAUAUUACAGUAAUAUAACUUACUAAUUUUUUUCUAUCUUUGUUGUUAUAAUUUAUAGCAUAUUCAUAGAUUUCACCUUCCAUUUGCUUAGCAAUAGAGAUCAAGCAGGCAAUGUCUCAUUUGAUUACCUUACAUAAUAGAAUCUGUAAGAGCUACUUCUUAGGAAGGAUGGUGUAUGUUUUCAACAAAAUUUAUCUUUCAUGUAAUUAAGAAGGAAAAUGUACUCAAAGACAUGACAACUGCUUUUGAUUUUAAUUUUAACUGGUUGAAUACACAGGUAUUUAUUCUAUGAAAGAAUGCAACAGAUGAAAUAGAAAACUCUUAACUAGGCUUUUCGGUGUGAAAUUGACAACAUGACAAUACAAUAAGGAUCAGUUGUUUGGUUUUUUUUUAAUUUAUUUCUAAGAUUUUAUUUUCUACAAUAAUGGAAGCAAAAGUGUGAUAAAUAUGCUUUUCAAGCUAUAAGUCUAAUUUUUUUUUUUUUUUUUAUCUUGCAGAGCUUGCUUUGGCUACUGUUCCUGUUAGUUGAAAAUUACAUGGGCACUGCUGAAAACAGUAGGAAACUGGGAUAGUUAUUUUGCCGGUGUCAUAUUGUGGCUUUAAGCUACUGAUGUUUAAAAUAAUAUUAUAGUUAUGUAUAUGUUUGUUUUACAACUAUAAUCACCUAUUACAAGUAUUCAGUAGAAGAUUAGCUAAAAUAUUAGUUACUUCACUCCAAACCUAUUAGAUAAAGGAGUAGUUGUCAUUGUAGCUUAGUUUAUUAGAGAAUUGCUGACAUUUCUCAGCAAAGAAAGAAGGUAAUGAAUGCUGGAUAACUAUAAUUAUAAGUACACCCCGAUUAUGUUAUUUGAUAAAGUCUCAAGAUGGUUCUCUGUAAAGAUUAGAAUUUUUUCAGUGUUCUGUUAACUGGACAUAUUUAUAUUCUUAAUAGUGGCAGAAAAAAAAAAAACUAGUAAAUUCUACAGUGGAUUGGAAAGGAAAUUCCUUUCUUAGAUAAAAACAAAACAAAUUUUUUCCCUUCUAGUAUUUUGUUGCUCUUUAGCCAUUUAGCUAUUUCAUCAUUUAUGAUACCAAGAUUUUUUUCCUUAUCAAACUGCAUAACUUUGUUUAGUUUUAUUGAUACUUUAAGUGAGACAAUCGAAGUUUUGUGGAAGGAAAAAUGACAGUGUAUGAAUAUUUCUUGUGGAUAGAUUUCUGUGUAGGCUUCAUAUUGUAACUUAUGUGUAAUUUAUUUAAAAAAAAAAGUGUAAAAAUGCUGUAAUAUUAGCUGCUUGUAAAAUUUACAGAUGUACAAGUUGUUGAAGGUUUCCAAUGAACACUAAAAGAGCUUCUCUUAUGUGCCCAGCAGGUAUAAGUAGCUUUAUAUAUUGUUGUCCCAACUGUAAAUCUAUUCAAAUCACAUUUACAUUUUAUGUGCAAAAUAAAAGAAGCUUCACUUUUGAUUUACUGAUAGGGUUUAAUUAAUAAACAUCAGAUUAUCUAAUGAGGUACUUCUGUUCUUUUUUUAUUUUGUUUAAUAUAUUUUUCAAUAAUGUUUAGAAAAAAUGUGGCACACUGCUUCCCAGUUGCAUGUAAAUCCAGGGUAAAAAAUAAAAAAUAAAAAAAUCCUUUGGCUACUGACACACAGUAGUAACACAGCUCAUUUCCAGUUCCAGGAAAACUAAAAAUUUGACAAAUUAAUUCACACCUAAUAUAUACAGAGCCUUUUGUUGUUUACUUUGGAGACAUUACAGUGAGAAAAUUCAUCAGUCCUUUUCAGGGAUACACAAUAAAAGCUUAUCUGUAGUUUACACAGCUUUACCAAACAUAUUAAUUGUGCAAAUUUAAAAUAAAGCUGACAUGUAGUACUUCCUAUUGUAAGCAGAGGACUUUAGUUUUAGUUAAAGAUGGCUGCCAUACCAAGUGGCAGCUGCAUUUGAAAACUUUAUUUGUUUAUUUAUUUAUUUUGCCUUCAACAUUUCCUUUCUGGAUGAAGAUUGUAACUGAAAUUUCCUGGCAAAACAAUCAAUUUCUACCACAUUAGGAGUUUAAUAGGAAAAGAUAAAGAUACCAGAAUUAUACUUCCCCCCCCCCCCGCCCCCCACAGGUAACAAAACAAUCAAACAAAAACCCCAACCCUUUGUUUUUUAAUUUUUUUUUCUUCUGAGAUAUGGAAGAAAUUAACUGCCAUCCUUUCUCCAAAUAAAACACCAAAAAUAAAUAAAAAAAAAAAAAAACAGAAACCAACCAAACAAAAAAACCAAUUGCUUAAACAAAAA